GAGACGAAAGCGGAUUUCGAAGAAUUUUGUUUUUCUUCAAAUUUGGCCUUUUGUUUUUUUUGUUUGUCUGUCUAUUCUAUGGAUUGGAACUCGAGAUCGAAAAAUUUUGGGUGAUUUUUCCAUUUCUCUGGAGCAACUUUUCGUUGCAUGAUGCGCUUUUCCUCUGGUGCAUGAUUUGUUUGUUGCUUGUCUAAAGUGAAGGAAGCGCUUAAAUCGGUUGCUCCUCAGUGCUCUUUGGGAGCAUUAGAUCCGAUUUGGUUGAGAAAUUUCUCGUCUUUGCUGGUUUUGAGCUUGCGAUUUGCAAGUUCUGAGCUGGUCGUGGUUGAAUCGUUGUUCAGUGGUUGUGUUCGCCGGGAUUUGAAGUGUCCCGUGCUGCGAUUUUGUUGGAGCUUGUUGGUUGAGUUGGAAAGCUCUGGUCUUUGAGCUCAAAUCGCCGGAAAAAAUGACGUCGCGGUCGUAUUCUAACCUCCUCGAGCUGGCAUCCGGCGAGCCGCCCUCCAUCAGCCAGAUCCGGCGGCGGAUUCCUCGCGUGAUGACUGUCGCCGGCAUAAUCUCCGACCUCGACACCGAUUCCGACUCCGAGGGCACCUCUCCUAACUCCUCCUCCCCCCGCGACCGCACCAUCCUGGUGGCCAACCAACUCCCCAUCCGCGCCUGCCGCCGCUCAGACGGCCGCGGCUGGGAGUUCUCCUGGGACGAGGACUCCCUCCUUCUCCAGCUGAAGGACGCCAUCAGCGACCACGGCGCCGACAUGGAGUUCAUUUACGUCGGCUGCCUCCGGGACGAGAUCCCUCCGGCCGACCACGACGAGGUCAGCCAGGUCCUCCUCGAGACCUUCAAGUGUGUGCCGGCAUUCCUGCCGGCGGAUCUCCUCGCCCGCUACUACCACGGCUUCUGCAAGCAGCAGCUCUGGCCCCUCUUCCACUACAUGCUGCCUCUCUCCCCCGACCUCGGCGGUCGCUUCGACCGCUCCCUGUGGCAGGCCUACGUCUCCGUCAACAAGAUCUUCGCCGACAAGAUCCUCGAGGUCAUCAACCCCGACGACGACUUCGUCUGGGUCCACGACUACCACCUCAUGGUUCUCCCCACCUUCCUCCGCAAACGCUUCAACCGCGUCAAAUUAGGGUUUUUCCUCCACAGCCCCUUCCCCUCUUCUGAGAUCUACAAGACCCUCCCCGUCCGCGAGGAGCUUCUCCGCGCUCUCCUCAACUCCGACCUCAUUGGCUUCCACACCUUCGACUACGCUCGCCAUUUCCUCUCCUGCUGCUCCCGCAUGCUUGGCCUCUCCUACGAGUCCCGUCGCGGCUACAUCGGCCUCGAGUAUUACGGCCGCACCGUCAGCAUCAAGAUCCUCCCCGUCGGCAUCCACAUGGGCCAGCUCAAGUCCGUCCUCACCCUGCCGGAGACCGAGAAGAAGGUGAAAGAACUGAAAGAUCAGUUCCUGAACCAGGGCCGCGUAAUGGUCCUCGGCGUCGACGACAUGGACAUCUUCAAAGGCAUCACCUUGAAGCUCCUCGCCAUGGAGGAGCUACUCAAGCAACACCCCGAGUGGCGGCGCAAGGUGGUCCUCGUCCAGAUCGCGAAUCCUGCGAGAGGCCGCGGCAAGGGCGUGACGGAAGUCCAAGCUGAGAGCUUUGCCACCAUGAAGCGCAUCAAUGAGGCCUACGGCGCGCCACCGGACUACGAGCCCAUCAUCCUCAUCGACGACCCCCUCCCCUUCUCCCACCGCAUCGCCUACUACGUCGUCGCAGAGUGUUGCCUUGUGACGGCCGUGAGAGACGGCAUGAACCUUAUUCCUUACGAGUACAUCAUCUCGAGACAGGGGAACCAACAACUAGACAACGUCUUGGGCUUGGACUCAUCAACUCCGAAGAAGAGCAUGCUGGUCAUCUCCGAGUUCAUCGGUUGCUCACCGUCAUUGAGCGGAGCCAUCCGUGUCAAUCCAUGGAACGUUGAAGCUGUGACCGACGCCAUGGUCAAUGCCUUGGAGAUGAAAGAGCAGGAGAAGCAAUUCCGUCAUGAGAAGCAUUACAAGUAUGUGAGCUCACACGAUGUGGGAUACUGGGCGAACAGCUUCUUGCAGGAUCUGCAGAGGACUUGCAGAGACCAUUCUCAACGCAGGUGCUGGGGUAUUGGAUUCGGAUUGCGAUUCCGAGUGGUUGCUCUUGAUACAAACUUCAGGAAGCUUGCCAUGGAGCAUAUCGUCUCGGCCUACAAGAGAACAAGAACCAGAGCCAUCCUUCUGGACUACGAUGGCACGCUGAUGCCACAGGCCUCGAUCGACAAGAGCCCAAGCUUGAAAUCAAUCGAGAUUUUGAAUGCCUUGUGCCGUGACAAGAACAAUGUGGUGUUCCUUGUGAGUGCUAGAAGCCGCGACACUCUCAGUGAUUGGUUUGCUCCUUGUGAGAACUUGGGGAUUGCUGCUGAGCAUGGCUAUUUCUUUAGGUUAAAGAGGGAUGCAGAGUGGCAAACUUGUGUUCCUGUGGCAGAUUGUAGCUGGAAACAAAUUGCAGAUCCUGUGAUGAGGUUGUACAUGGAGACAACUGAUGGUUCCACGAUCGAAGACAAGGAAACCGCACUUGUAUGGUCAUAUGAGGAUGCUGAUCCAGACUUUGGGUCUUGCCAAGCCAAGGAGCUUCUUGAUCAUCUAGAAAGUGUGCUUGCCAAUGAGCCUGUUUCAGUGAAGAGUGGUCAGCAUAUUGUGGAGGUUAAACCACAGGGUGUGAGCAAAGGCUUGGUAGCACAGCGCCUCCUUUCGACCAUGCAAGAGAGGGGCUCAGAAUCUAGCUUCAUAUUGUGCAUCGGAGAUGACAGGUCUGAUGAGGACAUGUUCGAGGUGAUCACCACAUCAAUAGCAAGCACUUCAAUCUCCCCGGCGACCGAAGUGUUUGCCUGCACAGUGGGUCAGCAGCCGAGCAAGGCUAAGUAUUACUUAGAUGAUACAGCUGAGAUUGUUAGGUUGAUGCAAGGGCUGGCCAAUGUCUCAGAGCAACAAACUCUGAGGACCCAACAAAAUGGCGACCUCGGCACUUGAAGGUCUGGGGGGUUCGAUUCUGCAUGCUGCUUGAGAUGAAGUUGUUACUGCAGUGUACAUAAGAUCUUAUUACAAGCUUUUAUAGUGUAAUAUUAUGGUUACUAUUUGAGCUCCAUUUUGGAAACCAAGAGAUGAAAUUUAUGGCUAUGUUGUUGUUCCUUUGCU